CGAUCUCUUUCUAAUUUUCACUCACCUCGUUUUUGCCGUCUCUUCACAUCUAACUCUAACCCAACUCUCUUUUUUCCUCUGAACCCAUCUCUCCAAUGGCUGCCGCCGCCGGUUCCUCCGUCUCCAUGCACUCCCGCUCUACCUUGGCUGCAGCCAAAUUCUCUAGUUUGAAGUCAUUUGCUCUUCCAAAUCAGAGAACUUCUAUGUCUUUCAGGGUUCAACCAGUUCCAGCUCGCCUUCGCAUUUCUUGCGCUGCCAAGCCGGCAACAGUAGACAAGGUGUGCAGUAUAGUGAAGAAACAGCUGGCAUUAUCGACAGACACCGCUGUUACUGGCGAGUCCAAAUUCGCAGCACUCGGAGCUGAUUCUCUUGAUACAGUUGAGAUUGUGAUGGGACUCGAAGAGGAAUUUGGUAUCAGUGUGGACGAGGAGAAAGCGCAAACCAUUGCAACGGUUCAGGACGCAGCUGAUCUUAUUGAGGAAAUUAUUGAGAAAAAGGGUGCUUAGAAGGAAUUAGAUUUCCUUUUUUUUCUUUCUUUCUUCCAACUAUGCUUUUUGUUUAGCCUGCUUUAGGAAUGCUCAGCAGUCUUGUUGUGAACUAUGUUUUUGUUGGUUUUGUGAUGAAAAUGUCUAAUGUGUCAAACCUUUGAAGUUCAUCAAUUGCUAUAUUAUUAAAUUAUGCUAGUUUGCUUUUAAUAA